ACAACAACUUUAUCAGGAAAAAGUCAUAUACUCAAAUAAAUAAUAUAUAAAUGAGACAGAGUUAGGAAAAAAACAAAAGAUGUGAGAGUAAAAGGAGGGAAGAGUGGGAGCAACGGGUGAGUGAAAAGUGUGAGAAAAUGUCUAACCCUCAAGACCAGAAACCAUGGAAAGCGGAAUACGCGAAGUCUGGGAGAUCUUCAUGCAGGACGUGCAAGAGCCCCAUUGCCAGCGAAACGCUGCGUCUCGGGAAGAUGGUUCAAUCCACCAAAUUCGAUGGCCUCGUGCCCAUGUGGAACCAUGCUGCUUGCGUAUUGAAGAAAGCCAAUCAGAUAAAAUUAGUUGAAGAUGUUGAAAACUUAGAGUCACUUCGUUGGGAAGAUCAGCAGAAGAUCAGAAAAUACAUAGAGAGUGGCGGCGGUGGCGGCAGCAGCAGUGGCGGGGGCAGCGCGGCAAAGUCAGACUCCAAGACUGUCAAAGAUACUAAAUGUGGUAUUGAAGUUUCACAAAAUUCUCGUGCCACAUGCAAGGAUUGCGGUCAAAAAAUUAUCAAAGGAGAGGUUCGUAUAUCUACUAAGCAAGGUGGUCAAGGUGCUAAAGGUUUGGCUUGGCACCAUGCCAAGUGUCUCAUCGAUCUGUCACCAUCAAUUGAAGUGGAUAAGUUAUCUGGAUGGAACAAUCUCUCAUCUUCUGAUCAAUCAGCUGUCAUUGACUUCGCUAAAAAGGGUGGUAGUGAUACAAAAAUUGAGACUGAGGAGGGUAAAGAAUCCACACCACAACAAACUUCCAAAGGUGGCAUAAAACGGGGGAAGGAUGUUGAUAGUGAGCGGAAAUCAAAAGUUGCUAAGGCCAAGGGAGAUGUGUCUGUGGGCAGCGCAAUGUCAGUGAAAUCAGGGGAAGCAUGUGAUCUGGAGAAGAAAAUGGAGACCCAAAGCAAAGAACUCUGGGAUUUGAAGGACGAUCUCAAAAAGCACGUUACAACAACAGAGUUGCGUGAAAUGUUGGAAGCCAGUGGUCAAGAUUCAACAGGAUCAGAACUUGAUUUACGUGACCGCUGUGCUGAUGGAAUGAUGUUUGGAGCACUUGAUCUUUGCCCAAUAUGUUCUGGCUUUCUGCGUUACUCUGGAGGAAUGUACCGGUGCCAUGGAUACAUUUCCGAGUGGAGUAAAUGUUCUUACUCUACCUGUGAACCAAAACGUAUUGAAGGGAAGUGGAAAAUCCCAAAAGAAACAAAUAAUCAGUACCUUAAAAAGUGGUUCAAAUCUCAAAAAGGGAAGAAACCAGUUAGGAUAUUGCCUCUUCCAUCACCAAGGAAAUCUGCUGAAAGUCAAAUGAUUGCUAGUCAGCAUCAAUCAUCAAAUAGUGGAAAUUUACGAGAUUUGAAAGUUGCUAUCUGUGGAUUACCUAAUGACUCUAUUGCGGAAUGGAAAUGCAAAAUUGAUGGCAUAUGUGGGAUGUUUCAUGCAAAAGUAAAUAAAGAUACUAACUGCUUGGUGGUUGGUGGAUCACUCAAUUAUGAAGCUGAGAUGCGGAAGGCAAGGAGGAUGAAAAUACCAAUAGUCAGAGAGGACUAUUUGAUUGACUGCUUAGCAAGAAAGAAAAGGCUUCCAUUUGAUAUGUACAAGGUUGAAAUGAUUGGUGAGGCUUCUAGCAUGGUCACCAUUAAAGUGAAGGGACAUAGUGCUGUUCACGAGGCUUCUGGCCUACAGGAUUCCGGCCACAUACUUGAGGAAGGGAAAAGCAUAUAUAACACAACUUUGAAUAUGUCUGAUUUGUCUACUGGUAUUAACAGCUACUACAUUCUCCAGAUAAUCCAAGAAGAUAAGGGGUCAGAUUGCUAUGUGUUUCGUAAAUGGGGCCGAGUUGGAAAUGACAAGAUUGGAGGAACAAAGCUGGAGGAAAUGUCAAAAUCUGAUGCAGUAUGUGAAUUCAAACGAUUAUUCUAUGAGAAGACUGGAAACCCUUGGGACGCAUGGGAACAAAAGACUAUCCAGAAGCAACCUGGAAGAUUUUUCCCAUUGGAUAUUGACUAUGGAGUUAACAAACAGGUCUCAAAAAAGGAAAAAAAUGAUGUCGACAGCAAACUACCUCCUCCAUUAAUAGAAUUGAUGAAGAUGCUCUUUAAUGUGGAAACAUACAGAGCUGCCAUGAUGGAAUUUGAGAUCAAUAUGUCUGAAAUGCCACUUGGGAAAUUGAGCAAAAGCAACAUCCAAAAGGGGUUUGAAGCAUUGACAGAGAUACAAAAUCUGUUAAAAAUUAGCAAUCCCGAUCCAUCAGUCAAGGAAAGCUUACUUAUUAAUGCCAGCAAUCGGUUCUUCACCAUGAUCCCUUCUGUUCAUCCACAUAUUAUUAGGGAUGAGGAUGACUUUAAGUCCAAGGUGAAAAUGUUAGAAGCCCUUCAAGACAUUGAAAUUGCCUCAAGAUUAGUUGGAUUUGAUGCCAACAAUGAUGAUUCCAUUGAUGAUAAUUAUAAGAAGCUUCACUGUGAUAUAUCUCCACUUCCUCAUGAUAGUGAAGAGUUUUGUUUAAUUGAGAAGUUUCUCCAUAAUACUCAUGCCCCCACACAUACGGACUGGAGUCUUGAGCUAGAAGAAGUUUUUUCACUUGAAAGGGAAGGUGAAUUUGAUAAGUUUGCUCCUUACAGGGAUAAACUUGGAAACAGAAUGCUCCUAUGGCAUGGUUCUAGGUUGACAAACUUUGUGGGCAUUCUUAGCCAAGGACUCAGAAUUGCACCUCCUGAAGCCCCCGCGACUGGCUAUAUGUUUGGCAAAGGGGUUUACUUUGCUGACCUGGUCAGCAAAAGUGCUCAGUAUUGCUUCACUGAUAAGAAAAAUCCUGUUGGUCUAAUGCUUUUGAGUGAAGUUGCACUUGGAAAUGUCUAUGAGCUCAAGAAAGCGAAGUAUAUGGAUAAACCUCCUGAAGGAAAGCACUCUACUAAAGGACUGGGCAAGAAAAUGCCUCAGGAAUCAGAAUAUGUAAAGUGGAGGGGCAAUGUCACUGUUCCUUGUGGCAAACCAGUUCCAUCAAAUGUCAAGAGUUCUGAGCUCAUGUACAAUGAGUAUAUUGUUUAUAAUACUGCUCAAGUUAAGAUGCAAUUCUUGUUGAAGGUGAGGUUUCAUCACAAGAGAUGAGGACUGGUGAGAAGUUUGCUGUUCUGGGGUAUCAUCUAUACUAAGCUGUUUUUUGACCAUGACUUGUACGUAGUCCAUCUGGGACAUCUGGGAUUUUCUAGAAUUGUCUUUGGUAAGGUCUCAUUUUGAGUUGAUAGGAGAUCUUUCUACGUUUUUUUUUAGGACAUGUAAGUCCAGGAAUCUAUCUAGUUGAAACUCGCCACUUAGAACAGAAAUAUCCCAUGCAAUUUGUGAUCUGGUUAUCUGUAUAGAACUAUUAUUUUAAUCUCAAACUUUUUAUUGAGCUCUUCCAUUUUUA